CGCCCAGGCGCCCAGGGCCGGGCUGCGGUGGCGGCGGCGUCCCCGCCGGGCCUCGCGCGCGCUCCCCUAGCUGUCGGCUGCUGGCCCGCGGCAGAGGUCAAGAUGGAAGAGAUCCUAAGGAAGCUGCAGAAGGAGGCGUCCGGGAGCAAGUACAAAGCCAUCAAAGAGAGCUGCACCUGGGCCCUGGAAACCCUCGAUGGUGUGGAUACCAUUGUCAAGAUCCCUCCACACUUGCUGAGGGAGAAAUGCCUGCUGCCCCUCCAGUUGGCUUUGGAAUCCAAGAAUGUGAAGCUGGCUCAACAUGCCUUGGCAGGGAUACAGAAGCUCCUGGCAGAAGAGAGGUUUGUAUCCAUGGAAACGGACUCUGAUGAGAAGCAGCUGCUCAAUCAGAUCCUGAAUGCUGUGAAAGUGACGCCUUCCCUCCACGAGGACCUGCAGGUGGAAGUGAUGAAGGUUUUACUCUGCAUAACCUACACUCCAACCUUUGACCUGAAUGGGAGUGCAGUGCUGAAGAUCGCGGAGGUGUGCAUUGAAACAUACAUAUGUAGCUGUCACCAGCGUAGUAUAAACACUGCUGUGCGGGCAACUCUCAGUCAAAUGCUGAGUGACUUGACUUUACAGUUACGACAAAGGCAGGAGAACACGAUAAUUGAAAACCCGGAUGUCCCCCAGGAAUUCAGGAGUCAAGGGUCAACAGUAGAGUCCCUCUGUGAUGACCUUGUCUCCGUGCUCACUGUUCUGUGUGAGAAGCUCCAAGCCGCCAUCAAUGACAGCCAGCAGCUGCAGCUCCUGUACCUGGAGUGCAUCCUGUCCGUGCUCAGCAGCUCCUCCUCCUCCAUGCAGCUGCACCGAGGCUUCACAGACCUCAUCUGGAAGAACCUUUGCCCCGCUCUCAUCGUGAUCCUGGGGAAUCCGAUUCAUGAUAAAACCAUCACCUCUGCACACAGUAGCAGCACGAGCACCAGCAUCGAGUCAGACUCUGCAUCUCCUGGGGUCUCUGACCACGGCCGGGGUUCGGGCUGCUCCUCCACGGCGCCAGCCCUGAGCGGGCCGGUGGCCCGGACCAUCUACUACAUCGCAGCUGAGCUGGUGCGGCUGGUGGGGUCGGUGGACUCCAUGAAGCCCGUGUUGCAGUCCCUCUACCACCGUGUGCUGCUCUACCCCCCACCCCAGCACCGUGUGGAAGCCAUCAAGAUCAUGAAAGAGCUACUCGGGAGCCCAAAGCGUCUCUGUGAUUUGGCAGGACCCAGCUCCACUGAACCCGAAUUGAGAAAAAGAUCAAUUUCAAAAAGAAAGUCUCAUCUGGAUCUUCUCAAACUCAUCAUGGACGGCAUGACCGAGGCGUGCAUCAAGGGCGGCAUCGAGGCCUGCUACGCCGCCGUGUCCUGCGUCUGCACCUUGCUGGGGGCCUUGGAAGAGCUCAGCCAGGGCAGGGGCUUGAGCGAAAGUCAGGUCCAGCUGCUGCUGCUGCGCCUGGAGGAGCUGAAGGACGGGGCUGAGUCCAGCCGCGACUCCAUGGAGAUCAAUGAGGCCGACUUCCGCUGGCAGCGGCGAGUCCUGUCCUCGGAACACACACCCUGGGAGUUGGGGAAUGAGCGGAGCCCUGAUAUCAGCAUCAGCGUUACCACGGACACGGGCCAGACCACCUUGGAGGGAGAGUUGGGUCAGACCACACCCGAGGACCACUCGGAAAACCCCAAGACUGGCCUCAAGUCGCCAGCCGUCCAGGAGGGCAAGGAGACUCUGAGUAAAGUGUCAGAACUGGAAGCCGUGGACCAGCCAGACGUGGUUCAAAGGAGCCACACAGUUGCCUACCCCGAUAUAACCAACUUCCUGUCCGUCGACUGCAGGAUGAGGUCCUACGGAUCCAGAUACAGUGAGAGCAACUUCAGCGUGGACGACCAAGACCUCUCUCGGACAGAAUUCGACUCCUGUGACCAGUACUCCAUGGCAGCUGAAAAGGACUCCGGGAGAUCAGACGUGUCGGACAUUGGGUCCGACAACUGUUCUCUAGCUGAUGAGGAGCAGACCCCCCGGGACUGCCUGGGCCACAGGUCCCUGCGGACCGCAGCUCUGUCUCUCAAGCUGCUGAAGAACCAGGAGGCUGACCAGCACAGCGCCCGGCUGUUCGUGCAGUCGCUGGAGGGUCUCCUGCCGCGCCUCCUGGCCCUGCCCAGUGUGGAAGAGGUGGACUCAGCCCUCCAGAACUUUGUCUCUACCUUCUGCUCAGGUAUGAUGCACUCACCAGGGUUUGACGGGAACAGCAGCCUGGGCCUGCAGAUGCUGAUGAACGCGGACAGCCUGUACUCGGCGGCGCACUGUGCGCUGCUGCUCAACCUGAAGCUCUCCCAUGGUGACUACUACCGCAAGCGGCCCACCCUGGCACCCAGCACCAUGAAAGAGUUCAUGAAGCAGGUCCAGACUAGCGGGGUGCUGAUGGUCUUCUCCCAGGCCUGGAUUGAGGAACUCUAUCACCAGGUUCUUGACAGAAACAUGCUCGGAGAAGCCGGCUACUGGGGCAGCCCCGAGGACAACAGCCUCCCCCUCAUCACCAUGCUGACGGAUAUCGAUGGCUUAGAGAGCAGUGCAAUUGGAGGGCAGCUGAUGGCCUCAGCUUCAAUGGAGUCUCCUUUCACCCAGGGCAGGAGAAUUGAUGACUCCACGGUGGCAGGUGUGGCGUUUGCUCGCUAUAUUCUGAUUGGCUGCUGGAAGAACUUGAUCGACACUUUAUCAACCCCCCUGACGGGCCGAAUGGCCGGCAGCUCCAAAGGGCUGGCCUUCAUCUUGGGAGCUGAAGGCAUCAAAGAACAGAACCAAAAAGAACGCGAUGCUAUCUGCAUGAGCCUCGAUGGGCUGCGGAAAGCCGCACGUCUAAGCUGUGCUCUAGGAGUUGCAGCCAACUGUGCUUCAGCCCUCGCCCAGAUGGCAGCUGCCUCCUGUGUCCAGGAGGAGAAAGAGGAAAAGGAAACCCAGGAACCCAGUGAUGCCAUAGCACAAGUGAAACUAAAAGUGGAGCAGAAACUGGAGCAGAUUGGGAAGCUGCAGGGGGUGUGGCUGCACACAGCCCACGUCCUGUGCAUGGACGCCAUCCUCAGUGUCGGCCUGGAGAUGGGCAGCCACAACCCCGACUGCUGGCCACAUGUGUUCAGGGUGUGCGAGUACGUGGGCACCUUGGAACACACCCACUUCAGUGAUGGCACCUCUCAGCCCCCGCUGACCAUCAGCCAGCCGCAGAAGGCCCCCAGAGGCGGACUCCUUGGGGACCCAGAGAGUGAGGGCUCGCCCCAGGAGCAGAGCCUGGAGCAGGAGAGCUCCCUGAACGCGGCCCCCGUCAUCCAGCCGCUCUCCAUCCAGGAGCUUGUCCGAGAAGGCAGCCGCGGCCGGGCCUCCGACUUCCGUGGGGGCAGCCUCAUGACGGGCAGCAGUGCUGCCAAGGUGGUGCUCACGCUCUCCACACAGGCUGACAGGCUCUUUGAAGAUGCUACAGAUAAACUGAACCUCAUGGCUCUGGGAGGUUUUCUUUACCAGCUGAAGAAAGCAUCGCAGUCCCAGCUUUUCCAUUCUGUUACGGAAACAGUUGAUUACUCGCUGGCAAUGCCAGGAGAAGUGAAGUCCACCCAAGACCGCAAAAGUGCCCUCCACCUGUUCCGCCUCGGGGACGCCAUGCUAAGGAUCGUGCGGAGCAAAUCGAGGCCCCUGCUCCACGUGAUGCGCUGCUGGAGCCUCGUGGCCCCACACCUGGUGGAGGCUGCCUGCCAUAAGGAAAGACAUGUGUCUCAGAAGGCGGUUUCCUUCAUCCACGACAUACUGACGGAGGUUCUCACGGACUGGAAUGAGCCACCUCAUUUUCACUUUAAUGAAGCUCUCUUCCGACCGUUCGAGCGUAUCAUGCAGCUGGAGUUGUGUGAUGAGGACGUCCAAGACCAGGUCGUCACGUCCAUCGGGGAGCUGGUUGAAGUGUGCUCCGCCCAGAUCCAGUCAGGGUGGAGGCCCCUGUUCAGCGCCCUGGAAACGGUGCACAGCGGGAACAAGUCCGAGGUGAAGGAGUACCUGGUGGGCGACUAUUCCAUGGGAAAAGGCCAGGCUCCAGUGUUUGAUGUAUUUGAAGCUUUUCUCAAUACCGACAACAUCCAGGUCUUUGCUAAUGCAGCCACUAGUUACAUCAUGUGCCUUAUGAAGUUUGUCAAAGGACUGGGGGAGGUGGACUGUAAGGAGAUUGGAGACUGUGUCCCAGGACCUGGAGCCGCGUCCCCAGACCUGUGCCUCCCGGCCCUGGACUACCUCCGGCGCUGUUCUCAGUUGUUGGCCAAAAUCUACAAAAUGCCCUUGAAGCCAAUAUUCCUUAGUGGGCGACUUGCUAGCUUGCCCCGAAGACUUCAGGAGCAGUCAGCCAGCAGUGAGGAUGGAAUUGAGUCAGUCUUGUCUGACUUUGAUGAUGACACUGGUCUGAUAGAAGUCUGGAUCAUCCUCUUGGAGCAGCUCACAGCAGCUGUGUCCAACUGUCCACGUCAGCACCAACCCCCCACUUUGGAUUUGCUCUUUGAGCUGUUGAGAGAUGUUACCAAAACACCUGGACCAGGGUUUGGCAUCUAUGCAGUUGUUCACCUUCUCCUUCCUGUGAUGUCUCUUUGGCUUCGCCGUAGCCAUAAAGACCACUCUUACUGGGACAUUGCCUCGGCUAACUUCAAGCAUGCCAUUGGUCUGUCCUGUGAGCUGGUGGUGGAGCACAUUCAGAGCUUUAUCCACUCAGACAUCAGGUAUGAGAGCAUGAUUAACACCAUGCUGAAGGACCUCUUCGAGCUACUGGUAGCAUGUGUAGCCAAGCCCACGGAAACCAUCUCCCGAGUAGGCUGCUCCUGUAUUCGGUACGUCCUCGUGACAGCGGGCCCCGUGUUCACGGAGGAGAUGUGGAGGCUGGCCUGCUGUGCCCUGCAGGACGCCUUCUCGGCCACGCUCAAGCCGGUGAAGGACCUGCUGGGCUGCUUCCACAGUGGCACCGAGAGCUUCAGCGGGGAGGGCUGCCAGGUGAGGGUGGCCGCCCCGUCCACCUCCCCAAGUGCCGAGGCCGAGUACUGGCGCAUCCGAGCCAUGGCUCAGCAGGUAUUUAUGUUGGAUACCCAGUGCUCACCAAAGACUCCAAACAACUUCGAUCAUGCUCAGUCCUGUCAGCUCAUUAUUGAACUGCCUCCUGAUGAGAAGCCAAAUGGACACACCAAGAAAAGUGUUUCUUUCAGGGAAAUUGUGGUGAGUUUACUAUCCCAUCAAGUGUUACUCCAGAACUUAUAUGAUAUCUUAUUAGAAGAGUUUGUCAAAGGCCCCUCUCCUGGGGAGGAGAAGACCCAAGGGCCAGAAACCAAGCUGGCUGGCUUCCUCAGAUACAUCUCCAUGCAGAACCUGGCCGUCAUCUUUGACCUCCUGCUGGACUCCUACAGGACGGCCAGAGAGUUUGACACCAGCCCGGGGCUGAAGUGCCUGCUGAAGAAAGUGUCUGGCAUAGGGGGCGCUGCCAACCUCUACCGCCAGUCCGCCAUGAGCUUCAACAUUUAUUUCCACGCGCUGGUCUGUGCUGUUCUCAGCAACCAAGAAACCAUCACUGCUGAGCAAGUGAAGAAGGUCCUCUUUGAGGACGACGAGAGGAGCACAGAUUCGUCCCAGCAGUGUUCAUCAGAAGAUGAAGACAUUUUUGAGGAGACCGCCCAGGUGAGCCCCCCGAGAGGCAAAGAGAAGAGGCAGUGGAGGGCUCGGAUGCCCUCGCUCAGCGUCCAGCCGGUCAGCAACGCGGACUGGGUGUGGCUGGUCAAGAGGCUUCACAAGCUGUGCAUGGAGCUGUGUAACAACUACAUCCAGAUGCACCUAGACCUGGAAAACAGUAUGGAGGAGGCCCCAGUUUUCAAGAGCGACCCUUUCUUCAUCCUUCCCUCCUUCCAGUCGGAGUCCUCCACCCCGUCCACCGGGGGCUUCUCAGGGAAAGACACGCCUUCCGAGGAUGACCGCAGUCAGACCCGGGAUCACGCGGGUGAGCCUCUGAGCCUGAGGGGGACCAGCGGGGAGCUGCUGCUGCUGCCCCCGAGCCCCAAGGUGGAGAAGAAGGAUCCCAGCCGCAAGAAGGAGUGGUGGGAGAACGCGGGCAACAAAAUCUAUACCAUGGCAGCCGACAAGACCAUCUCAAAGCUGAUGACCGAGUACAAGAAGAGGAAACAGCAGCACAACCUGCCCGUCUUCCCCAAAGAGAUCAAGGUGGAGAAGAAGGGAGAGGCGCUGGGCGCCAGGGGCCAAGGCUCCCCGCUGCUCCAGCGGCCCCAGCACCUGAUGGACCAGGGGCAGAUGCGGCACUCUUUCAGCGCCGGCCCUGAACUGCUGCGCCAGGAGAAGAGGCCCCGCUCCGGCUCCACCGGCAGCUCCCGGAGUGUCUCCGCGAGGGACGCAGAAGCCCAGAUCCAGGCAUGGACCAACAUGGUGCUAACAGUCCUCAAUCAGAUUCAGAUCCUCCCAGACCAGACCUUCACCGCCCUCCAGCCAGCAGUGUUCCCGUGUAUCAGCCAGCUCACCUGUCACGUGACUGACAUCAGAGUUCGCCAGGCUGUCAGAGAAUGGCUCGGCAGAGUGGGACGUGUCUAUGACAUCAUUAUGUAGAAGACCCACCUUCCAGGCCCAAGGAAAAAUGCUAGGAGGGUUCAGAGUAUGUCUGCCAAUCCAGCUGAUAGCAUUUUCCCCACCACUAGCCCCAGUGUCUCAGAGAACACCCAGUCCGUCCCUAACUAAUCAGUACUGGGGCUAUUCUGGAUACUAAGGUUAUACGUGGAUGACACAAGUGAUACUCUAAUUUUGCAGAGAAUUUCUGAAGAGUCUACACUCCUUGACUCAUUUCUAAAUCUUAUUUCCCAAUGCAUUUGCCUGUACUGUUAUCCCCAAAUGGGUCACUUUUAAGGACCACUUCUGUGAAAACACUACAUUGAUCCACUGAUUCAUUAUUUUUAAAAAUGCAAUAGCUAAAGAAAUAUCUGGUGGUAAGUCAAGCUGAUGUACAUGCAGACAUCUCAUAUCAGACAGGAUUAAUUGGAGGAAGAUAUAUAUUAUGAUUAUGAGUUCGGCAGGGAAGAAACAGUUAGAAAAAUGUAUUCUUGGGUGUCCUAAUCAAGAAAGGGAAGAUUCACUUCCUCUGUAAAAUAUUCCAGAAUAUUUCAAAAUUGUUCCUAAGUUGUCAAGAUUUUCUGGUUGGUAUUUGCCAACUUCAUGUAAGGUACUGUUACGCCUUCAUGUCCCUGCUUCUAAAGGAAGAAAGUUCUUUCCUGGCAGGGUUUUAAGCCUGUGGCAUGGAAACCUUUGAUGCAUAGUACCCAGUGGUAUUGGCUGAUACAGUGCCAAAUGUCUUGACUGGCCACCCUGACAGUCCCACUAGUCUUUGCUUUUGCUCCCAAGGCAAGAAAUGAAAAGGGAAAGCAAAAAUGGUGCCUUAGUUCCUUGUUGCACAGACAUUUCUAUGCUCCACAAUAAUCUGAAUAUAAGGUAUAACGUUUGGUUUUUAAGAAAACAAAACAACUCAUUUUAUAUCAACAUGUUUGGAAAAAAGGAACUCAAGAAUUUGCCGUCCAGUGAGCUGACUUCUCAGGGAAGGGGCAGGAAGUAUAGGGGUAGGGAGACACUUGGGAGGGGUGGGGAAAAAGAUGAUGAAACCAUUUAAAAUCUGAAAAUAUUAGACAACAAUCAUGAAAUUAUAGUGUCAUUCAUAUAUGCUGUAGUCUCUAACAUAAAACUACAGGAGGAAAGGUCAUAGAAUGAAGUUUAGGAGAUAAAGUUUUUCGAUUUAAAAUAUUGCUCCUCUCUGGCAAAUAGAUUGGCCAUCUGUUUGAAGCCUUUUUAUUCAGGCCAUUAUUUUAAGCGGAUAUUUUUUUUUCCUAAUUAUCACUAAAUAGUUUAGAAUCUUUGUCUUAUUAUUUACAGUGUAUUUAAUAUUAAAUUAUAAAAGUGAUUGCAAUUCCUCAAUCAAGCCCACUCAUACACAUUCUAAAUAGUUGCUAAGAUAUAUGUCACAAUUAUCCCAGCUCCUAAUAAUUAUUGAAAAUUGAACAUCGUAUCCCUAAAGCAUCAACUCUUCAGUGUGGAAGUAAGGAUUUAAAACCGACAGCUUUUUUCAGCAUUAGUAUUUUUAAAUUUUGUCUUCCAUGGGAAUAUAUAACUCUAUACAAGGUUAAGAGGAAGACAGGGCUUCCUGAUUUAUUUAGGCAUUCUAAAGUAGAAAACCUCAUCAUUCACUAUGCCAUCUAGAGAUCACCGCAGAAUUCAGAAGACAUGUUUCCAGUUCCACAAAACACUCCUCGCCUUCAGUUUUUGCUCAUUAGACAAUAAUGAAGGUUUAGAGACAGAUGAACAAUUUGAUCGUAACAGGCAAUGAGUUGUUGGGAUGGCAAUGAGUUGUUCGACUUUGUAUAUUUUUUAAGUGGAAUUCAAAGUUGGGUACUUUUUCUUUUUUUUAAUGAAAGCCAUACACCAUAGUUGUUUUCUUUUUGUAGCUUAGCUAAGGUUUAUUUCCCAGUGAACCUGUGAGUAUUUCACAAGCUAUGGAAGGGAGAGAGGAGCUUCAGCAAAGCACAGUAUUAGCAAAUUAACUACAAAACAUUUAUAACUAGCACUUUUUAUAAAGUAUAAAAGCUCUAAGGAAGCCAGUCUCAACUUAUGAAUGUCAUGUUCUAGAAGUUAUUAACUGCUUAGAAAUCAGAAUUUAUUCUCUAUCAUGGGAUCCAUGGCGCGGUUAUGAAAACAAGUUUACCCCACACUGUAUUCAAACUCCGCUCUAGUACCAACUAAUUACAGGUCCCAAGAAUAAAAGAUGAGAGAAUGUACAUCUCUUCUCUACCUACAGUUUUGUCAGUGGGUUUCAGUCCCUUCACAUCAUCUUUUCUCUAGACCGCUCCUCGGUCUACAAUGGUCUUCAGCCCAUCUCCAUUCCCAACAUGCACUGUGCACCACAUCCAUGUCAGAUUUCAGCUGGAAAGUUAGCUAAGCCACAGUAAUACUUUUCAGAGGUAUCGGCAGUUUUCCAAAAGGACAUUGCUUGAUGCAAAUAAUCUCCAAAGAAUAGUACUUUAGGUCACGGUGAAGUCAGUCAAAUCUUCACAGGGAAAAAGAGAUAAUUUAAAACCCUUAGUUGAGUGAUCUCUCCCCAGAGUGCCCCUUCAAUCCAUCACUCUUCCUGGUGUUUCUGCCUUUCCCCAUCUCUUUCAUCCCCUCCCAUGGUCUCUGAAAGACCAAGGUCAAGACAAGCCUUUGUAGUUUCAACAGCUAGUACCAUAUAUUUUCAGAUCUAAGCAGAAUAAGAUUUUGCACCUUGCUUUUAAUUGCCUGUAUUUACUGCCAAAAGUGUGUUACCCCAUGGUUGAGAUUUAUUCUUUUUCUAAUAUUUUCGUAAAGUGUUCAUCUUUUCCAACUUGAAGAAGCACUUGUAAAACUCAAGUGCAGAAGAAUUCCUGACUGAACAGCCCAGCCAGUUACACCACACUCUACAACAGAUUACUCCUUGCCAUGGGAGAUUUGAGGGAGGGCCAAUAAAUUGCUCACAGCAUCUCUCCUACUUUGUGCAUCUUCUGAUCAGAUGCUUAGGCUGCCUCUUUACACCCUCUUGUCAUCUCUCCCCUUAUGAUUAUUUUUCUGCCUUCUCCAUCAAUACAAAACUAGGACACCUGUUUACCACACUGAGGCUAUUUGACCGACCAGCACAGAUGCUAACAUAAAUCAGCUCAGACUAAAUCCAACAUGAAAAAAUGUUAACAUAAUUCCAUAGUACCUUUAAAUUGAAACUUCUUGGUACAUGAUCACUAGGCUUUGCUGUUGUUCUUAUUGUUCUAAGGAGAGGGCUUAUACAAAGUUAGCUGAGAAAGUCAUGUAGCCUUAACUAUAAGAAGGUAAUACAAUUAUGUUAAUAGACACUUUUGACUUCUCCAAAUACAUCACAGUAUUGCUCAUGUAAGAAAGUUUUCUCAGAAAGAAAAAUGCAUUCAUGUCAUCAGUCCCAUCAAGCUAAGCAAAUGAAGACCUUUGUUUGGAGUUGAUAAUAGUAGUAAGAGGUUACAAACAGCAGGGACUGGGGAGAUACCACUGAGUGCUUCUGACUGUGGACCUUAACCUAGAUUACCAUAUUUAACUCCCACAAGAACACUGUGAAACAAGUAUUGUAGUCCUUUUUUCAGAUGGGGAUGCAAACCCAGAGAGGUUCAGAAAACUUGCCCAAGAUAACUCAUAAAGGAUAAAGGUGGUUGCAAAAGAGAUGUUUCUGAAUUCAAAGGCCAAGGCCUCUCUGCAACACCAUGUCUAAGUGCGCAAACACUUCAGUGUUCCAGGAAAUUAAACAGUUAAAAUAAGCUGAAGAUUGUUCAUUGAUGUCCCUAUCUCCAGUGUUAUAGAGAUUUUUCAAAUAGAAUUUUAAAAAGAAUAAGAUAGUGCUUAGGCAUAGUAAGGUCAUAUAUAAUAUAAAGAAACCAAAUCUAAACUUUUAAAGCAGAUCCUCAGUGGAAAUUUUAAAAACUCAACCAAAUUAGGUGGAAAUGAUGGAAUAAUAUUGUCCAUGGCCAGAUGUUAUACAGAAAAACAUGACAUUCUGUGUCUGGAGUGAAAGGAUCUGUUGACCUUUUUCAAUUACCAUUUAACCACUCAGAAUAAAGUGCCCUGUAGCCAACAGUGCCUCUCUACUUCCCUAGGAAGUAUGUGGGACUAAAUGGUAGGUCAUCAUCAAACUUUGGGAAUAUGCACAAAAAAAUGACCAUUUUUCAAAAUGCACGUUCUCUGAAGAGGAAACAACUAGUCAGACAAGAUAGAUUCAGGUACUGUGGGCAUCAGGUCACUAUCCAUAGUAACAUAUACUGUAACACUUAGAGAGUCUACUUGCUUUGUAGAUAAGGAAACAGGCAAAAGGAGAAUCCAAUAUAUUGCAUUAAGUGGAUGACAGAAUUUACAUCUGCUUGGGUACCAUUUAGGGAAAUUUAGUAUGGCCUUAAAAAGCAAAUGACUAUUUUUAAUCACUUUUUAAUUGGAUAUAUGAGCUUAUUAUAUGGUAAGAUGUAUGAAACUGGGUAAAGAACUCAUUUAUAAUUAUGCCUCAUCCAAAAAAAAAAAAAAUGUGUUCUCCUUGUUCACGAGUAGAGCAAUCUAGAAAAGUUUGUCUCUGUCUUUCUGUGAGAUCCCUUUCCUCUGGCUAUAUUGUAAUAUAUGUGUUUGAUGUGGAAGUAACUAAUAACUUAAUCAAGAUUUUUGAUUAAAACACCAUUUAGAUUUCCAAAAUACAAUGAUUACUCCAGGGAAGAUAGACCAAAAAAAAAAAAACAAACCAUCCCCUGGGAUAAUGUAAGAGAAACUUACUUGAGAAUAAUGCCUAAUUUCCUUGUAAAGAGGGGCAUUAAUUAACUGAAGAAAAACACACCACUCACACCAUACAAAAUCUUUCCCCUCUAUCUUUGUAUACUAAUGCAAAGUGGGGGUUUGGUGGGGCCAGGGUCCAGGAAGGAGAGACUAGCUGGCCAUCUUACUGAUAAAACUGCAAUCAGUUUCUGCUGAAUUCCAUCCAACUCUGGUCCUUCCAGCUGUUUUAACUAUCAGGAGUUACUUGUACUGUUAAUUCCUAUCCUAAAGGUUCAAGCAGUGGUUGUCUAGUAUCUUAUGACUUUCCAACAGUAGUCAAACUUUAGCACACGUCAGAAUCACCUGGAGGGUUAAGACACAGAUUCCUGGGCCCAUGCCCAGAGUAUCCAAUUCAGUAGGCCUAUGGAUUUGCAUUUUGCAUUCAUUUUCUGUUUCCAGUUGAGGCCAGUGCUGCUGAUCUGGGGACCACACUUUGAGAACCAAUGCCUGGAAAAAGUUUCUAACUACUCCCUUUAAGAUCAGCCUAACUAUCAAGCACUAGAGAAAAACUGAACUUCCCCUUGGGCAGACAACUUGGAUUCUCUACAGCAUUCCUGUUCAAUCUUCCCAGUUUCCAGGUUUAUCAUGCCAACAAUUGAUUUUUACAAGCUAGAAGACAAUGAAUGUAUACGUUCUAUGGAACAGUGAGAUCAGUGUGAGUUUCUCGUCUUUGUAUUUAGAAACAUUAACUCUAUGGACAACCUUUUGUAUCAUGUUGAUUUUUUGACUUGUACUGAAGGUGAUUUUAAAGUAUGUAGUGUUUUCAUUUCUUCUGUCCACACAGUUUUGAUGAGAUGUUUCCAUGCUGAUUCCAUCAUAACCUUGGCUCCUGGCUCUAGAAAUGUUUGAGUAGUUGCUCCCUUGCCAGUAGUUUUAUAACCCUCAUCAGUCACCAGAAUAUCCGCACAUCAAGAUGGUAUCAUACUACUUGAUGUGCCUUCAUCUUUCACUUAACUGUCUGGUGUAAAUUAAUAUUUUAAUUUCCUAUGUAUCUGUAAAGAGUCUACCAAAUGGCUUCAUGGGAAUUUGCAAACUGAACCAACUCCCUUCUGAGCAGCGUAUGUGCCUGUUUUAAGGACUUUACGGUAAAUAUGUUAUGUUUGUGCACAUAUCUACCCAAUCAAGACCAUAUCUAUUAUCUCAUCUUCCAAAUGAUGAGAAAAAUGUCAAAGUGCAUCAGUAUGUUUUGGGAGUACAGUGAAAUCUUAAUCAUGUUACAUAUAAAUGGGGCCUUAGUUUAUCUCCUAACUCCUUAUUCACUUAAUUCACUUUGCAAAUUUUUUCUAUUUAAAAAAAUGAGAAAAAAAUUAAGUACCUUAAAAUAAUCUCCCUUUUAUAAACAUAUGAAUUACACAUAAUUUUUAUUGGUUCAGUAAGUUUCUUUAAAGAGUUCUCUUUAAGUAUCCUGACAUUAUUUAAGCUGUUAUAUAAGUGGAAAAUAAGGACUAUAUUUACUAGAAUUAGAUGAGAAAGCAUAUCAGUGUCAAUGAUGUUGAGGAUUGAAGUUUUUGCCUCGGUAGAUAGAAAUAAUUGAAGCUUUCCUAUUGCAGUUGCAUUUCCCAUGAUAAUUUUUGGAAAUUAUGUGUGCAUUUAGUUCUUUUAAUAAUAACUGAUAUUGAAUUAAAUUUUAAAAGUAAAUCUCUAGAAAUAAUUUUUGUCUUACCAACUGGUGCCAAAAUGGGGAGGGAGGAAUCUAAAGGCCAGUCUUUUGAACUAACAUGUGAAGGAUAUUUUCUCUUCACAUCGGAAGUGCAUGGCCCUGACCCCACCAGCUGCCAGUGGCCACCACGGCUGCCUCAUGAUUAAGUGCAGGCAACUCUGUCCCUCCCUCUGAUGUCUUUCAUCCAAUUUUUGUUGGAAGUAGUUUGCUCUAAUAAAAAUUGGUUUCCCACAAAAUAGGUAAAAUUGGACAAAGGUUAAUGCUUUUGGUAUUUGGGGUUUCACUUCAAUUGAAACCACGUGGUAGAAUUCCCAGGUAUGGCAUGAUCGGGGCAGGAGCAAGUGCCCAGAGGGAAAGGUUGGCUUUGUCUGGUUUUGUUUCUUGAUUUGUUUUUAGUGGGAGGGGAGAGCCAACAAUAAGUUUCUUGCCCUAAUCGUGCUGAGAGAUGAUUUUCCUGCUGUUCUAAGAGGAAUAGACUUAGAUAAAUUAUGUUAUAAUCGGUUCCCCUACUACCAUUUCCCACUCUUAAGUGUAAAGCCAAUGGGUGGUAAGGGUCCUUUUAUCCUUUCUUGUAUUAUGCCAAAGACUAGACUUGUUUUCUUUGAAAAUUAUAAAUUACUGAAGCUUGGUAUAGCCAUAAUGAUUUGAGUCAGUACACCAUUUUAUCCAUAGAAUGCAAAACUCAUCUUUACAAUCCCCUGCACCAGGAGCCUUGAAGCAUUUUGUUUACCCCAAAGGACUUGUCAAGAAGUACAGCUUUUGUUUUGCCUUAUUCAGUCAGUUGGUCACAUUUAUUUUUAAAAAAAUGAAAAAACUACUGUCCUUUAUAUGUUGAUAUAACUAUUUGAUUUGAUAUAAUCUGUCUGUUGUUUAACAGGUUCCUGUAAGCAAGCUUGCAAGUGUAUUUUGUGUACAUUUUAUCUGAGGUGAAAAUGAAAAUUCUAAAGAGAAAAUAUUUUAAAAGAUAUUGUAUUUAUGUUGCUUGUGUUGUAGAAUAAAGAUUCAGAUGCAUUAAAAAAUCUG